AUGUCGAAAACCCAGGUUCUGUUGGUCGGGGCCGCGGGUGAAACCGGAGGUUCCAUCGCAAAUGGUCUCCUCGAUGAUGGUCGCUUUGAUGUUAUCGCUCUGGUCCGACCGGCCUCUAUUCACAAGCCCGCCAUUCAGCGACUGUCGGAUAACGGUAUUCAGAUCCGCAAGUGUGACUUGAAGGCCCCCGAGGAGCAUCUGAUCGAGGCCCUGUCCGAAAUCGACGUUGUCAUCAGCUGCGUUGGUCCCGCUGAGCAGCAGGAUCAAAUCCCGCUGGCCAAGGCCGCGAAGAAGGCUGGCGUCAAGCGCUUCAUUCCCUGUGGUUUCAUUACCGUUUCACCUCCCGGUGGUGUGAUGUGGCUGCGCGACGAGAAAGAGAUUGUCUACAACCAGAUCCGCCAGCUGUGGCUCCCGUACACCAUUGUCGACGUGGGUUGGUGGUACCAGCUCUCCUACCCUCGUCUUCCUUCCGGCCGUGUCGACUAUGCUAUGACCUCCGGCAACGACGAGAUCAUUGGAGAUGGAAAUAUGCCCACUGCGCUCACCGACUUGCGGGACAUCGGUCGCUACAUGGCAAUGAUCAUUUCCGACCCCCGCACCCUCAACAAGAAGAUUCUCGCCUACAACCUGGUUUCUUCACAAAACCAGAUCUACGAACUGAUGGAGGAACUUGCCGAGGAGAAGGUCGAUCGGAACUAUGUCCCCGAAGAGACUAUCUGCAGCCGAGUUGUUGCCGCUCGCCAAGCCAGUGAAACCUACCCCUUCGACCCUAUCAAGUUCAUCCCUCGCUACCUCGCCGAAUACCAAUACUCCUGGGGCAUCCGGGGCGACAACAAUCCCGAGUACGCCAAGUACCUGGGAUACCAUCUCACCACCGAGUUAUACCCCGAGUUCAAGCCCACCGAUUUCCGCGAGUAUCUCCAGACUGUCAUCCGGGGACCGCCAAGGGUGUCUACACUGACCCACCAACGACACUUCCCCCGUACCGAGUCGAGCGACUCCCUGUACACUCGCAUUUUCCCGCGGACUGAGUCCAGCGAAUCCCUCAUGUCGCGAUGA